AUGUCUUUGGCUGACAAGAGGCUUGAAAACCUCCAGAUAUACAAAGUCCUUCAGUGUGUUCGCCAGAAGGACAAGAAACAGAUUGAAAAGCUCACCAAGCUUGGAUACCCUGAACUCAUCAAUUUCACUGAGCCAGAAAAUGGAGACAGCGCCCUUCACUUGGCUUGUGUGGCCAACGACAUUGACAUGUGCAACUUUCUUUUAGAGCUUGGCGCUCACCCCGAUGUCCAAGACCGAAUGGGGCGCACCCCCGUGAUGAAAGCAGCAGAACUUGGCCAUGACUUGGCCUUGGAUGUGCUAGUCCAGGCAGAGGCAGAUAUGACAAUAGUGGAUGCAGAAGGAAAAGGAGUGCUGUUUUAUUGCAUUCUGCCCACCAAACGGCAUUUCCGCUGUGUUCAGAUGGUCCUUGAAUUUGGAGCGGAUGUUAACAACUGCACUUUUGAGGGGAAGCCAGUUUUUGUACAAGCCUGUGAGCAAGCCCACGAGAUCAAAGAUAUAUGUAUGACAUUUUUGGAAAGAGGAGCAGAUCCCAAUGCAACAAACCCAGCAACAGGCCGCACUGCCUUGAUGGAAGCAGCAAGAGAAGGGGUUUUAGAGGUGGUCCGGGGUAUCCUGGAGAGAGGUGGGAAUGUUAAUGUUUUUGACAACGAGCGACACCAUGCUGCCCAUUUUGCUGCCAAAGGAGGGUUUUUUGAGAUUCUGAGGAUUAUUUCUUCGUACAAUGGAGAUGUGGGCCUUAUAGCCAUGAAUGGAAAUACGCCUCUUCAUUAUGCUGCUGCUGGAGGUUUUGCCGAGUGCUGCAGGUUUAUCGGUCAAAGAGGUUGUGAUCCUACCUGGAGAAACUUAGAGAAGAAGCUACCAAGGCAGGUUGCUAAGGAAGGGGGGUUCAAAGCAGCUGCAAAGGAGAUACGUAAAAUUGAGCGGCGAUUUGCCAAAUUUUCCAAACCUAAACCUGGAGUUAAGGACCCCAAUCCACCCUGGGCUAUCAGGCUGCACGAUUGGUCUGGAGAAAACCAGGCGAGCCUUCGGGAAGCACUUGAGCCAUUGGAUCGAGGGGAUGGGACUGUGACCAAGGAAGACUUUAUAGCCGUUAUUGAGGAAAGGUAUCCAUUUAUUGAGUUGGAGCAGCUACAAGCAAUAGCUCACAGUCACGAGAAAACACGUGCUGCAGGCGUUAACAUUGAAGAAUUUCUGAAGGGCAGCCGGUACUUGCAGAAGGCUUUCCUUCUUGGGAGUUACGGUCCAAAGAAGAAGAAGCCCAAGAAAGCAAAAGGCAAAAAAGGAAAAUUUGCCAUGCCAAUGCCCAUCUGUGUCAUUCCAGAGAGCUCUCGCUCUCGGCGGACAGACGGGGGACCCCCAGAAUACAUGAUCGAAACGUAUCAAAAUGUAACCGACUGCACUCGGUUUAAUCGGGAUCAUCCUCCGGAACACCCAUUGCAGGAUGAUUCCUGGUGGUACAUUGAAGACCCACCCAAGAACUAUGCCAACAUCAAUUAUCUUGCCAAAGAGGGGGACCUUUCAUCCAUAAAGAAAGCAUUCGAGGCAGGGGUGCCAGUAGACAUCAGAGACCAUUUCUAUAAGACUCCGUUGAUGGCUGCCUGUGCAAGUGGCAACAUGGAAGCAGUACAGUUCCUUCUUGAAAAGGGGGCAAAUGUGAAUACCACAGACAAUUUCAUGUGGACUCCUCUCCAUCAUGCCUGCCAUGCAGGACAGCAAGACAUUGCUGAACUCCUUGUCAAAGCUGGUGCCACGAUAGAUGCCGUUUCAAUCAAUGAUGGGACCCCAUUGAUGAGGGGUAUUGAGAGCAGUCGCUUGGACACCGUGCAGUAUUUAAUCAACAGUGGUGCUAAGGCGCAGAAGACAAACCGAAGAGGACAAAACUCACUGGAAAUUGCCAGGGCCUAUGCAGACAACCGACUGAUCCACUUCAUUCAAGAUACCUUGGACCACUUGCCACAAACCGUAGAAGUCAAACCGGAUAAGAAGAAAGGAAAAAAAGGGGGCAAGCCUAAAGCUGCUUCUCCUACUACUCCAGCUCCAUCAGGAGUUCCAGCUCAGGCUCCAGUUGUUCCCAAGCCAAAGCCUGUAGAAGACUCAAAGGAGUCUGUGAAAGAAGAGAUGCCACAACCACUUGAGUCUAUUAUUGAGAAAUCACUCUUUGAAGAAGAGAAGGAAUCCAUCAAAGAUAAUGUAGUUUAUCUGAAUUCCCUGAUAACCAGAGGGGUUACAAAGAAACUUAAUAUCACUUUCACACCACAGAGAUCUUGGAGUCCUGAAGCAACCACAAAAGAUCUUCUCAGAAAGAGGGAAUUACGUCGGCAGCGUUUUACUUAUGAAGUGGACUUUGAUGAUGAUUUCAUGAUGCCUUUUAAGAAGAAUUUCAUGGAGAAAGUCCAUGCACUGCAACAAGGCAGUGCUUUGCAUUAA